AGUCAUCCUCGGAGAAGCGAAAGUUUUCAGUUUUCUCACCCGCCCCCAUACGAAAAAACGCUAGUCGUUUGAACAUCACGAAAACAAUCGCACGUAAAAUUCUGGAAAUAACAAAAACUACUGUUCAACUUAGAACUUUCAUUCCUCUGCAUUAUUUUCCAAUUCUUGAGGUUUGAAUAUCAAUCAGCUUUUUUGGAACUGUAGCCGCCCAACAAGAUGCGAAAACUACGCGGAGGACAAACCAAAGAAACCCGCAAACAAAAGCAGGAACGCCGGGAGGAGAAUCUUAAAAUACAACAGCAGCUCAAAACGAUUGUGCUUCCAAUCUGCGGGGUCUUCCUGAUGUGUAUUGUGGUUUACGUGUUCCUCAAAACUCGUCCCCGGUUUGAGGAGUUGUAGGAUGUUUUAUGUUCUAAUUGUCUACCUUGAGCGAUUUUUGCAAUAUUUUCAUUUUUGUUCUAUUCGAUAUUCCGGAACAUGAUCGAGAAAACUAUUUUUACUAGGAAAUAUUUUCCACACUUUAUUGUGCUUUAUUAAUCUUAUGACCGGACGGAAGAUGCAUUGCAAUUAUUUAAAUCAUAUUCGUUCCACUCAUGUACAGGGACGAAGGGGAAAAAAGCCCAGUAAAUGCAAUGUAAUGUACAAAGUUUACAAGAGUCUAUAUUAUAAAACAGUAUAAUUAAAAUUGUAAAA